AUGUCUUCAUCUCAUAAUCUCGCAACCUUAGCAGGAGGUUGUUUUUGGUGCUUGGAAGCAAUUUUCCAACGUGUAAAGGGUGUUGAAAAAGUGGUUUCAGGUUAUAUGGGUGGUCACAUUCCAAAUCCAACCUAUGAACGAGUGUGCAAUGGAAAUACAGGUCAUGCAGAGGUCAUUCAAAUUACAUUCAAGCCAUCGGAUGUAUCUUUUAAGGAAUUGUUAGAUGUAUUUUGGAAGUGUCAUGAUCCAACUCAAUUGAAUCGCCAAGGACAUGACAUUGGAACUCAAUACCGUAGUGCUAUUUUUUAUCAUGAUGAGACACAAAAACAACAAGCUCUAGAAUCCAAAGAAAAGGCACAAAAGGAUUUCACAUCUCCAAUUGUGACAGAAAUUACAGCUGCUUCUGAGUUCUAUCCAGCAGAGGAGUAUCAUCAAAAUUAUUUCAAUUUAAACGAAAAGAGGAAUCCUUAUUGCAAAAUGAUCAGAGGAAAAUUGAACAAAUUGAAUAUGAAAUAG